GAGUUCAGUUGAGUUUGAAGUUUCGCUUCAAGCGGACGACACAAAUCGUCUUCUUCAGGAGGUUGAGUUUGAAGAGUUGAGAGUUCCCUGGGAUCUUCACCGGGCUUGGUUUUGGAAUUUCAUCGCUGAGUGACCUACGUGACUUUUGGCAGCAAGUCGUUGUCGCUUAUCAUUCACUGAGUUGAAGAAGUCCUCGAUAGCCGUUGGUAAGCGGACCGAAAAAAAGUGUAUUCGAACGCUAAUAAGUUCCAAUUGACUGCAAAAAAAGGAAGAGAAGAGCUUCGUGAAGUCAUCAGUAAUUGAAAGUAACUCGCAGAAAUUCGCACACGCACACUUCGAUCAAGAAAAAAUGCCACGACCGGUGAAAUUCUUCUACGAUCUGCUGUCGACGCACUCGCGCGCCCUCUACAUGUUCUUCGAGGCCACCAAGAUUCCGUACGAUCCGAUUCCGGUUUGCGCCACCAAAGGUGAACACCUGGCCGAUGGCUACAAGGAGUACGUAACCCGGUUCCAGCAGGUCCCGAGCAUCAUCGACGACGGCUUCAAGCUGUCGAGCGGCGUGACGAUCCUCAAGUACCUGAUCCGCGAGAAGCUCAUCCCGGAGCACUGGUACCCGCGGGACACCAAGCUGCGGGCGCAGAUCGACGAGUACCUGGAGUGGCAGGCGGACAACAGCUCCAAGCUGUUCAACACCUUUGUCGUCCAGCAAAAGUAUCCGGAAGAGGCCCGGCGCGAUCAGCGCUCGGUGGGUGAGCGCGUCCAGGAGUACCGCCAGCUGGUGGACUCCAAUUUGAAUCAGCUGGAGCGGGACUGGAUCGCGCCGGGGAGGUUCAUCGUGGGCGAUCGCAUCACGAUCGCCGACAUUCUGGCCGCUUGCGAGGUCGAGCAGCCCAAGAUUGUCGGCGUCGACCCGUUCGAGGGCCGGCCCAAGCUGGCGGCGUGGCUCGAGAAGGUCCGCUACACCAUGACGCCGUACUACCAGGAGGCGCACCAGGACUUUUACAAAUUCACCGAGAAGGUCGCGCUGAAGAACUGAGGCGGGGAGGGAUUCGAUCGUGUCUGUAGAUGUAUUAUAUACAUUUGUGUUUAGAUUUAGAUACUACCUGCUGAAAGUAUAAACCCGGUAGAGUUUUUUUUGUACUAGUCUGUAAGGUUGGUUUUAUAUUAUUACUACUCGCUAAGUCAAUAAAAUUGAAUGCAUUUUACGUUUUAA